AUGGCAAUCACCGGGCCGACGACAUCAAUGUCCUCCUUCUUCUCCAAACUCCUCUCCUCCCUCCUCAUCCUUCUCGCAACCCAACCCUGCAGCCUAAACGCCCAACCCCAGCAAUCGCCCACCUCCACCACCUCCUCAAGCGCCAUCCCCUCCCUCGUCAACAACCCCGCCAACGGCGACACCGCCCCCUCAUCCUUCACCCCCUCCUCCCUCUCCUCCGCCAUCCCCUCCGCCACCGACUCCGCCGGCUACGGCAGCCAAGACAACAACACCACCUCCUCCCCCCACAACGGAAUCCUAAACUAUUACUUCCUGCUCCUCGCCGUCUUCGUCGUCGCUAUCCUCGUAAUCUAUUGGUCCCUCGCCCGACGAAGGAGAAAGGCCGCGGCCCAAUUGAGUAGAAUGCAGCAGAGGGUGCUGUCGGAGGAUGUGAGGAGUUGGACCAGGCAUAGGCAGCCCGGGCAGGGGCUCGAGGAUGAGGAGAGAGGGGGGACCGGGAGGGACGAGGGGUUGGACGAGGCUGGGGAGGCGCCGCCGGCCUAUGUCAAGGAGCCCGAACGGGCGCAUUUGGACAGGGGUGAGGGGGUCGAGCUGAGGGGGAUGGCGAGGUUUAGGGAGAUGGUCGGAUUGGAGGGGAAGCCGCCGGAUUACGAGGAGGGGCUUCCGUCGAGGUGA